AUGUGCCCUCCUAAGUUCUGCCACAAGUGUUACAAGCUUGCUUUAAGAGGAGGCACACGCCUUGCAAUCAAUGUGUGGCCUCCACACAAACGCACUGGAAACUGUAAGAUCUGCAGUUUCUUUAAGGAUCAACAGAAACCUGGUAGGAAGAAGAAGACUAAACCUGGAAUAAAACCCAGAGAGGACUCAGCUGAACCCAAGGAACAAGUGGAAAUGAUGGAAGGAAUGUCUGGCACUUUAAGCUUCCAACCUGACCCAGCCUCACUCUCAUUCUCUGAGGAGGUAAAGAAUCUACAAAGCUUAAGAGGAUCAGAACCUCUUUACCCAGAACAGAAUGGAAGGCUGACAUGGAACAAUGCAAUCCCAGAAAAUAAAGUGCACAUAAAACUUGGAGGAGAUGCUGGUGGUGGGUCAUUUAAAAUGGCCUUCCAGAUUGCUAACCUGAGGCUUCCAAAUUCUAAAACCAACACAGUGGUCUUUGCCAUGUUCCAUGCAAAAGAUAGUUGGGCUAAUUUAAAGACAGCCUUAAUGAAAUAUAAAGAACAAGCAAACACCUUGAAAGAAGCAACCUGGGGAGGUAAAAAGAAAGUGGUUUUCCUGUUUGGUGACUAUGAGUUCCUAUGCAAGCUAUUUGGAAUAGCUGGUGCCUCAGGCAAAUAUCCAUGUCUUUGGUGCAAGAUAAAUCAUGAAGUAAUGCAAGUCUCUUGCCAUAAACAUGGGCAUGCUGAAAAACAAAGUCUUGAAAACAUUCAAGAGGAUUAUGAUAAGUUUGUAGCAGAUGGCUCUGUUACAAGUCGACAGAAGUUUUAUCACAAUGUGAUUCACGAGAAACUGCUGGACAUUCAAUUGGACAAAGAAAAGCUUGCAGAUGAACAAAUGGAAUUGGCUGCCUUUGAGAAAGCCAAUGGACCACUAUCGGUUCAUUUGGAUGAGGUUCUCAAGAAAAUGAAUGUUGAGAGACAAGCUUAUCAUGGAAAAUUAUUCAUUGGUAAUCAUGUACACACUUGCUGCAAGGAAGACAACAUCAUUAAACUAUGCAGUGCUGUGCUGACAAAAACAGAGGAGCUGUGUCCUUCCCUCCUUUCUCAAGCAAGAGAAAUUAGCAUGAAAUUUGAACAAGUUUUUAAGUUAUUUGCUGCUUGCCACUUUGUCUAUGACAGUGCAGACUAUCUCAAUGAUGGCAAGAUUGAUAAGCUAGAGGAAGACAUCACAAAUUUUCUUCAGUUCCUUAGGGAAAAAUUUCCAGACACGACAAUCACACCAAAGCUGCAUAUGCUAGAAGAACAUGUUUGCCCUUUUCUUCGACAAUGGCACAUGGGCCUUAGAUUCUACGGUGAACAAGGGAUUGAAGGAAUACACUCUGAAUUCAAUACCCAGUCCCAGCAUUUUGACCAUGUGAAGAAAAAGGACACGAGAUUGCGUCAAAUCCUUGUCAACCAUCACAUUGCCACGAUUCCGGAACUAGCAGGGAAAGCUCCCAAACCUAAAGAAAGAAAUUUAAAACGAAAAGCGAACGAGUAA